AUGCUAUCAAGGUCUGCAGCCUCAGGGUCCAGUCAGGCACAGUCGCGUGAACUGCUGCGCACUUUCACCCGCCCUUCAGGGUCGCGACAGCUCCGCGGAGCUGCCAGUCAGUUGACUUUGACGCAACAGCGCACCCUCGUACACAAAGCGCCGCGAUUGAUCGCAUCAAAAUCCAGUUCAUCUUCGAAAAACAAUACUGGAUACCCGACGACACGAUGCCAGUCUCAGCGGAGAUUCGUGUCCGGUCCAGCAUCCGCCGAGGCACCGUCGCCGCAACCCACCGAACCUAUCGAAACGGACGAACUCGCCAUGCUGAUUGACCGUGUCGGCGACGGUGGAGUCGAGAUCAAUGCGCUUGUGGAUGAACUGGAGACACUGAGCUUGGAGUCCGCUCAAUCACCCGAAGCGAGCGAGAUUGUUGAACAAGACGAACUUGCUUUCCUGUGGGACCGAGUCUCUGCGAAUGCGGACCAGAUCAAUGAAAUGCUGGACGAUUUGGAGGCAGGGUACCAAAACGAACACGAGGACGUUGCGGAAUUACUUGCCCAACGACACGAACACACAGCCGAAUCAUUCGUGCACCUCGUCAGACAGCGGUUUAGAGAUGGAGUUCCUGGCGGACUUUUGGAUGAGGAAGAGAUUCAGAUUUACAUCCGGCUCUACGGUGGUCCAGUCCCUCGACUUGACCUCGACGCAAUGGCCGAGGAAGAUGGAUUUGUCGAGGAGGAGGAAGAACCAAGCUUGCUCCGCGAGGAUGGGCAAGGCGGAUGGGAAGAAGUGGAUAUGGACCAAGCGGAUAUGAAUCAGGAACCCACUCCUCAGCAUGAUCCCUCCGUCGUCUAUGACAUGGAUGCUCCACCACAAAGACCGGAGACAGAUGCAGAGAGGCGGACAAGGGAAGUGACCUCACAGAUGGGUGGCAAAGAUGAGCUCGAAGCAUUCGAAAAUGAAGCGGUUCCUGACCCGACACCAAGGGCGGAUCCUAAUACCCUGAUUGGCAAGUUUGGAACAGAUCCCACCACAAUCAACUUGCCACGAACGACUCUCACUGGCCCGAUAUCGAUUGUUUUGUCAAAUUACUCUAACAAGCACAUCACCGAAACCUCCGAGCGUCUGUUCGGAGGACAUGGGCUGCCCCAAUCCACUUCAACAGCAGCUCCGAGUGCUCAGCUUGCACAAAAGCCCGUCCCCCUUGAUGCUUCACAAAGACAUAUGGGAGAAAUGGAGGCCAAUGCAUACCUCGCAGUUUUAUAUCCUGGAAUCUACGCAUCCACUCUCAGCGCUCUAGUUGAAACCCGAAAGCGACUGGGAGACGAUUGGAUCCGGGAGCUUCUGUCACAAAAGGGAGGACCAAAUGUGCUUGAUGCCAGUGGUGGCGGUGCUGGUAUCUUGGCCUGGAGAGAUCUAGUUCGCACGCAGUGGGAUCUCAUGAGCUCCGAAAGCACCCAGAGCGUACCCAUUCCUGGAAGAUCAACUGUUGUCGCAGGCUCGGAGGCUCUUCGUAUGCGCGCCGCAGCGCUGCUUGAGAACACCUCUUUCCUUCCUCGUCUUCCUGAUUACGUUCACGUCCGGGAAAAGCCGACAUUUGAAGACUCGCGUGAAGCGCCUAAGCGCAAGCAAUACGAUGUGAUUAUUGCGCCGCAUUCUAUCCAAAGACUAGGAGAGAAUUAUGAGCGCAAGGAGCACGUGGAGAAUCUAUGGGCAAUGUUGAACCCCAACGGCGGUGUUUUGAUUUUGCUCGAGAAGGGCCGUCAAAGAGGCUUCGAGGCCAUCUCUGGGGCCCGUGAAAUGCUUCUGCAGCGUCAUAUCGCAAGCCCUGGCUCUACUGAAUUCGACAAUUUCCUUGAUAAUCCCGAUGAGCGUGUCAUCAUCAAAAAGGAGCCAGGAAUGAUUAUUGCACCUUGCACUAACCACCAAACCUGCCCGAUGCACGGAUUCUCUGGCACCGCAGUUGGCCGCCGGGAUCACUGCAGCUUCCAGCAGCGUUAUAUCCGCCCUCCCUUCCUGCAGCGCAUUCUAGGUGCGAAGGGCCGUAAUCACGAAGAUGUCAAAUUCAGUUACCUCUCCGUGCGCCGUGGUGGAGACAUCCGCCAAGAUCGAGCCAUUCAACAGAACCAAAAGGCCACAGAUUCUGCUUUCGAAGGAUAUACCUCGCUCGAGGACCUGGAAGGCAAACUACCUGCCAGUGAUGGCAAAGUACCUUUUGAACCUCUCUCCCUCCCCCGCGCUGUCUACGCGCCCAUGAAGCGUCAAGGUCACGUUAUUUUCGACCUCUGCACGCCCGCUGGAAAGAUCGAGCGCUGGACUGUACCGCGCUCAUUCGGCAAGCAGGCUUACCGCGAUGCUCGCAAAGCUGAGUGGGGAGACCUGUGGGCGCUUGGGGCAAAGACUCGUAUUUCACGGAACUUGCAACUGGGCGGCAAGCAUGAAGAGGGCAAGAAAGAGCGUCUAGCUCGCCGUGCCGCUGAACGUCAGAUUGAGGACGAGAACGAGGACGUCAAUGAGAACGACGAAUUCGAAGAAGAUGAUGAGGCAGACUACGAGGCUUCAGACCUGCCCGAAGAACCUCAGAAGAAGAGGGGACAACGCGUUCCCAGCUGGAAAAAGCACAAUGAAAAGAAAAAGGUUCGGCAAGCCUACAAAAAGCGCGAUAUCUCAGAAUGA